GUCGACUACCAAGGCCAAGAAUAUCGCGUGUGUUGGCUCGGAGAUUGGCGAAAACCACCUGAUCUAUCGUCAUUUCCGUCGCUCGAUGGUGCAACCGCUUCGCAUAUCCCUCAUGGCUCUCAGGUAAAUGAGCUCUGGAGUGCCUCUCAAGUUAUUGGGUAUGGCUCGGACUUUCACAUCAGAGAGUUGAGCAAUUGUACAGAUGGCUUUCCGAUCUGCAAGGUUGCAAUCAACGAGCGACAGAGACGCCUCAUCCAGGAUGAGUUUUUACUCCUCCAGUAUUUCUCAACGUUGCAACUCAAUCUUCCGGUCGUACGAAUAUGUUCUAAACCGCUCCAAGAUGAGCAGGGUAUUUUUGGCUUUUAG